CUACAACCGGCUCCCAGGAUCAGUCAUCCACUGAGACCAAGAAGCACCGGAUAGAAGCAUCAGAGCCCAACCAUCAAGUGUUGAAGCAGCGGAACUCGGGGAUCCUGUCGAUCGGUAUGAUGGUCAAUGCCCACAAUGUUGAAGAGCCUCGGUCCGCCGCCCGUCCUACUCCAGCGCAGACGAACGAGGGCCCAGUCGCCCACGGCGACACGGCCAAGUCCUCAGUCUCCGCCAAAGCGAUCGACACCGCCACCGCCGCAACUCCGCCGAUCCAGAGCCCCAAGCAGUCUGGCCGCCAGGCACAGUCAUUGUCCAGUCUGGCGGGACAGAGCGCAACACCGACGACUGAAAAGAAAAAAUCCCAUGGUGGCAGCGAGUCGGCCAAGAAAUCCAAGUCCAAGUCCAAGUCACAGUCGCAAUCACAGUCGCAGUCGCAGUCGCAGUCGCAAUCGCAAUCCCAAACACAAGCUCAGGCACAAGCCCAGACGCAGGAAAAGUCGCAGCAGCCCGAACUGUAUUGCUACUGCCGGAAACCGUACAACGACGACGAUGGCGGGUUCAUUGCCUGCGAUGGCUGUGACGAGUGGUUCCACUUUGCCUGUGUCAGCCUGGAAGAAGACGACGGUGACCGGAUCGACAAGUGGUUCUGCCGGUCGUGCGGCGACAAGGUCGUGUGGAAGCAAAAGUGCAAAAAGUCUGGCUGUCAGAGCUGGGUGGCAUCCGAGCCCGCGGAGGGCGACGGGUUCAAGAGCGCAAGCUUUUGCUCUCGGAAGUGCGGGGAGCUGUACGGCGAAGAGCUGCUCGAAAAUCAUCGGAGCAAGAUCCCGCUGAAGCCACGGAUCGGACGGAUCAUUCACAACGAAGCGUUGGGCCAGGCACUCCUGGCCUGGGGCAAGCAAAAGUGCGGGGACGAUACCACCACCCCCGAGCAAGAAGAUCAGCGUGACAUGGCAUAUCUGAGAGUCACCCUGAAGGGCCUCAAGGAUCAAUGCAAGCGCCGCAUCCGGCAGCUGGAGUAUCGGCGACGCUUGGUCGCCGAGGCCGUCGAACGAUCACAAAAGUCGAUGAGCGAGGCGAACGAGGUGUGCUGCGGGUUCGACUCACGGAUCACUCGGGAGUGGAUCCGCAUCGAGCCCCCGCCUGAAGAGCCGAAGCGCGAUGGCGAUGGCGAUGGCGAUGUUGCAAUGGCCGACAGUUCGAGCAGCCACGAUGCAGCUGUGCCCGGCCUCUCAUCGGACCAGAAUGUGACCAUGUCCGAUCCCGAGCCCAAGACCGAACCAGCACCUGCCGUUAAAGUUGAAGCAGGGGCCGAACCCCAGCAACCAAGACUGCUGCAGACAAUGUGUGCCACGCCCAAGACAAAGAAGUGUAUCCUGCACGAAGACUGGCAGAGCAUCAAGAUAAUGGAGGUCGAGCUGGAGCUCGAGGAACAGAUGGUUGCGCUGGCAAAGCUCCGCAAGGAGGAAAUGCUGCUCAGAAACCGAAUUCUCAAGCGAAGGUCGCUCUACACGGAAACAUGACUAUGUCGAGUCCAGUGCUUUCCUGGUUGCUCUGUCUGUGCUCGCCGUACACACAUGCGACUGCGCCUCGCACUGCUGAUGCAAGAGAAAGGGAAGGAGUCUUGCUUUUGAUGAUGGCCACCGGAAAUACAGCACUUGCAAGUGAA